GUGUAGCUUUAAAGAGAAUGAUUCCCUUCGCAGGGCUGGUGGCUCUGGUGCGACAUCCGCAACGGUAGCUUGCUACGGCGCCAAUCAUGCCUUCAAACAUAUGAGCCCGACGAAGCCUUGCUUCAAAUCACAUUCUUCGAUAGAAGCCAUUGAAAAAGUCAUUGAAUCGACAACCUUUGUCAUGCUUUAUCGGAAUUUUCAACUAAGCUGGCAGAUAUUGUGUGCUGCGAGUGUCUACAGUGGUUACAGCAUUUUUUGCAAACAAUCAUGCACCAGAAUCUUCGAUGAUUGCAAAAGAGAAUGGGACAGAAUCAAAGUGGUAGAUGAGGCUGCUUCGAACUUAGAAACCCGAGAGAAAAAAUCACUUGGCAAUGAAGAUAGCUUUGUUGAGGACACUACAUUGUAG